AUGUCCACCGUCGUCGAGCGCCUCCGAGUCUCCGCGAACGCGUCGCGCAUCGCGCGCGACGACCGUUUCGCUCGCGAUGCAUCAAUGACGUCAACCUCGUCUCGACCUUCUCGCGCGCGUCGCUCGGCGUGCGCGCGUGCGCUGACGUCGGACGCGGAGCGGUUCGCCGUGGACGCGCUGGAGCGAUCGACCGAGGUCGACGACCGAGCGGAGGUCGAGCGGGCGGAGACGCGAGCGAGAGAACUCAGGGCGACGCUGGACGCGCUCCAGGAAGAGUUGGACGAGACGUACGCGGAGACGUUCGGAAAGAUUACGCUCGUCGGCGAGGACGGGACCGAGCGUGCGUUCAUGGAAGAGGCUGGAAGUGAGCGUGGGUUUCGAGAGCUGAACGCUCGCGAGCCAAAGAUCGCGGCGGCGAUCUUGCGGGAGGCGGAGCGGGACGCGAAGUCGUGGUUGGCGUUUCAGAAGCGAGCGCACGCGCUCAAGGCGAAACGGGAUCGCGGUCGGGGCGAGUUAUCGGACGCGGAGAGCGCGAUUGCGGUGGCAAAACGCGGUGGGGUCGGGUUUCUGAGCUCGCCGCCGAUGCGAUCGACGAAGAAGCUGGAGAAGCGGGACGGGGUGCGAAAGAUUGUUCUCCUCAGCGGUUUCGAGAGUUUCAACGUCGCGUUGUACAAAUCCUCGGCACGUGAUCUGAAGAAGCGGUACCCGCACGUUGAACUGUUGGUUUUUAGCGAUAGAGACAUCGAGAAUAAACGCGGUGAAGUCGAGGCGGCUUUGGAUGGCGCGGAUGUCUUCUUCGGCUCGUUGCUCUUCGAUUACGAUCAAGUCGAGUGGCUGCGCACGCGCGUAGAGGAUAUUCCGCUUCGGUUUGUUUUUGAGAGCGCACUCGAGCUGAUGAGCUGCACGUCCGUCGGUUCGUUCCAGAUGGCGGCGCCCGGUGGGCAGAAGGCUGGACCUCCACCAGCGGUAAAAGCCGUGCUGUCCAAGUUUGGAAGCGGCAAGGAGGAGGACAAACUCGUCGGAUACUUGUCCUUCUUGAAGAUUGGCCCGAAGUUGUUGAAGUUCAUUCCCGGCGAUAAGGCGCGAGAUUUGAAGAACUGGCUGACGGUGUAUUCGUACUGGAACGCUGGAGGUAAAGAGAACGUCGAGGAGGCGUUCGCGUUUCUCGCUUCGGAAUACUUGGCUCCGCCAGGCGAGGAGGAGAAGAAGACGUCGUUCCUUAGUCGACUCUUCACAUCGUCAAACGCGCCGAGGUCUCCAAUCGAAACACCGGCUCUGGGUCUUUACCACCCGCAACGUGAGAGAGAAAGAAUGCCGUACUUUGAGACGAUUUCAUCGUACCUGGAUUGGCAUGCUCGAACUCGUGCACACAAAGUUCCCGCAGGCGCUCCGCGUGUUGCCGUACUGCUUUACCGUAAGCACGUCAUCACGAAGCAACCUUACCUGGCAGAUUUAGUUGAAUCUUUUGAGGAAUCAGGCGUACUUCCGAUUCCCAUUUUCAUCAACGGCGUGGAGGCGCACACAAUCGUCCGCGAUAUGCUUACGUCUGAGCACGAACAAAGAAUGCGAUCGGAAGGCGUGAUCGAGGUGGAUUCGUUGAAAUCUGAUGCCGCCAUCGUGGACGCCGUCGUUAGUACUGUUGGAUUUCCUCUCGUAGGUGGCCCGGCCGGAAGUAUGGAAGCAGGACGACAGGCUGAAGUUGCGCAAGGCAUUCUCGGCGCAAAGAAUAUUCCGUACUUUGUCGCGGCGCCUCUGCUCAUUCAAGACAUUGCAUCGUGGGUUCGAAGCGGUGUUGGUGGGCUCCAGAGCACGAUUCUUUACGCGCUUCCAGAGCUCGACGGGGCUAUCGACACGGUGACUCUCGGUGGUUUAUGCGGUGACAACAUUUACCUCACGCGCGAGCGUGUUUUUGCGCUCUCAAAUCGUUUGAAACAGUGGCACUCGCUACGAAACACGAAACGAGACAAAAGAAAACUUGCGGUCAUGAUGUACGGGUUCCCGCCCGGUGUAGGAGCGACGGGUACUGCUGCUUUACUGAACGUACCGAGCUCCCUCGACAACAUGCUGGCUUCUCUCAGAGCCGAGGGAUACGAUCUCGGCGAUGAGAAAGAGUUGCCCUCGGGUGAGUCGAUCAUCAAAGCGCUGCGUGUGCUUGAAGAGAACGCGACCAUCAUGGCAGGUUACGACGGGGCUGUCUCGGCGCUGGAGCCGAUGAUUCAGAGCGGUGAGCUUCCGGGCGUUCGAGUGACUGGGGCCAAUGUCGCGCCUUCUGAGUUGAAGAAGUGGCUGGCGUUUCCCAAAGAGUGGGGUCCGACGGAGUGGGGUCCGAUUCCAUACCUGCCCGAGUCGGACGUUCUCGUGAAGAAGAUGGAGGCCGCCUGGGGUCCGCUCGAGAAUUACAUCGGACUCGCAACAGCCCCUGGUAAGGGCAGCGUUGUCACCGGGCUUCAGAUUGGAAACGUGUUCUUUGGGAUUCAGCCCGCUCUCGGCGUCGAGGGCGAUCCGAUGCGUUUGCUCUUCGAGCGAGAUCUCACGCCGCACCCGCAAUACGCCGCGUACUACAAAUGGCUUCAAAACGAUUUCAAAGCUAACGCGGUGGUUCAUUUCGGCAUGCACGGAACGGUAGAGUGGCUUCCGGGAUCGCCUCUUGGGAACACGAGCCUUUCGUGGAGCGAGCAGCUUUUGGGGGCCAUGCCGAAUGUGUACGUCUACGCGGCUAACAACCCGAGCGAGAGCAUCGUCGCUAAAAGACGCGGUUACGGGGUAAUCAUUUCCCACAACGUGCCCCCGUAUGGUCGAGCCGGUUUGUACAAGCAGACUGCGCAGUUGCGAGAACUCCUGAACGAGUACAGAGAAAAUCCAGCGGAGAACAGCGCGCUGCGGGCGUCAAUUUUCGACAUGGUGAAUGCGGCUGGCUUGGAUAGCGAUUGUCCCUUCGUCGAUGCGCAAACGAAUGAGAAGCACCGUAUGACUCAUGAGCUCUCCGAGUCGAUCACGCAAGAUCAGUUCGAUUCGUACGCGAGUGACUUGUACACGUAUCUCGGAGUUUUGGAAAACAGGCUCUUCAGCGAAGGCUUGCACGCGCUCGGCAAGGCGCCGACGCAAGAGAACAUGGCGCAGUACCUCAAAGCGUACUUCGACAAUGAAAUCGACGAGAAUAUUAUCGACGAGAUCUGCAAGGCUAGUGACGAAGAAAGCGUCGAUGCGAUCAAGGCGCGACUUGAGCAAACGUUCAAUCUCUCCGUGCCGUCUUCUGUGAGUGACGCGAUGCAAAGCGACAGCGCGGGCGCCACCGUUGGAGACAAAGUAUCGGAGGCUGUGGAAAUACGCGAUCUUCUGGCGAUGAAUACGGAAGAAAUCCGAGGUAUGCAUCGCGCUUUGGAUGGCGAAUGGGUGCCACCUGCCGUCGGUGGGGAUUUGUUACGCGAUGGGAAAGGAGUUCUUCCGACUGGACGAAACAUUCACGCCCUCGAUCCGUAUCGCAUGCCGUCAGCCGCCGCGGCGGCUCGCGGUGCUGCCGUCGCGGAUGCUAUUCUGAAGCAGCACCAGGAGGCAACUGACGGUGUGUAUCCCGAAUCCGUCAGCGUGAACUUGUGGGGGCUCGACGCAAUCAAGACGAAGGGUGAAAGUGUUGGCAUCGUACUUCAGCUCGUUGGCGCUCGUGCGGUGAAAGAAGGCACCGGUCGCGUCGUGCGAUACGAGCUCAUCCCUCUGAGCGAGAUGAACGGUCGACCGCGAGUGGACGUGUUGUGUAACAUGUCUGGAAUCUUCCGAGACAGUUUCGCAAACGUCGUCGGUUUGCUUGACGACCUCUUUGUGCGCGCGGCUGAGGCUGAUGAACCGAUAGAGAUGAAUUUCAUUCGCAAGCACUCGCAAGAAAUGGCCGCGGAUGGCAUCGAGAACACGACCGCCCGACUGUUCAGCAACCCGCCAGGGGACUACGGCUCCAUGGUGAACGAGCGCGUCGGAACUAGUGGAUGGGAAGACUCGCGCGAGCUCGGUGACACCUGGGCGUCGAGGAACUCGUACUCCUAUGGCAAAGGCGAAGAACGAGGCACUGCGCGUCCCGAGGUCUUGCAGUCUCUACUGCGCACGACCGAGCGCGUCGUGCAAGAAAUAGACUCUGUCGAGUACGGUCUGACGGAUAUCCAGGAGUACUACGCCAACACCGGCGCUCUCGUCGCCGCGGCAAAGGCGGCAAAGGAAGACGCCGGCGUGAAGGAUCCAUCCGUCGCGUGUUCAAUUGUGGAGACGUUCGGUAAAGACGUCACACCGAAAGAUCUCGACGAGACGCUUCGCAUGGAGUACCGCACAAAAUUACUCAAUCCUCGAUGGGCCACCGCGAUGGCGGAUCAAGGAUCGGGUGGCGCGUACGAAAUCUCUCAGCGCAUGACGGCUCUCGUCGGUUGGGGCGCCACGAGCGGAUUCGCCGAGAACUGGGUAUACGACGGCGCACACGAGACGUACGUCGAAGACGAGGCGAUGAGGGAAAAGUUACGAAAAUCCAAUCCGCAGGCGUUCCGUAACGUCAUCAAGCGCAUGCUCGAGGCUGCCGGUCGUGGAAUGUGGGACGCCGACGAAGAGACGCUCCAAAAUUUACGGGACAUGUACAGCGACGUCGAAGAUGAAAUGGAGGGCGUAAAACUCUCCACCACGACCAGGCGAACCGGCUGA